AUGCAACGUAGCGGUCACGUUCGCAUCGAACAUUACAGCGUCAACGCCUGCCUCACGCCCGUCUGCGCCGUACACGGCAUGGCCGUCACCACAGUCGAGGGAAUCGGUAGCACCAAGACCAGACUGCACCCAGUGCAGGAGAGGAUCGCAAAGGCUCACGGCACGCAGUGCGGGUUCUGCACACCCGGAAUCGUCAUGUCUAUGUACGCGCUCCUUAGGAACAACCAGCAACCGGUUAUGCACGACCUGGAGAAAGUGUUUCAAGGGAACCUAUGUCGCUGCACGGGAUAUAGGCCGAUACUGGAGGGCUACCGGUCAUUCACCACUAGCAUGCAGCAAAAUGCAUGCUGCUCGACGAUGGGCGAUAGAUGCUGCAUGGUAAACAAAGAAGUCCAGCAGGUAACUGCAAGUGGGCCCGAGUCCCAGAUGACGAAUCGUUGUAAGACUGGCGGCAGCGGCACAUCCGAUGGUCCAGACUUCGCGGAAGACAAGAAACGCGUCAACGACUUCAACCAGAAUCGUAGGAAGAAUCACCAACUUAGCACACAACCGUUUACAGGCUCAGAAUGCAUGCCGUACGAUCCCACGCAGGAACCAAUAUUUCCAGCAGAGUUACAGCUCUCAGAGGACUUCGACAAAGAAUUACUAAUGUUUAAAAAAGACCAAGUGACGUGGUUCAGGCCUGUUUGCUUACAACAGCUCCUCGAAUUGAAGCUGGAACAUUCCGAAGGAAAAAUUGUCGUUGGGAACACGGAAGUCGGUGUUGAGAUGAAGUUCAAAGACUGUAAAUAUCCCGUGCUCAUAUCGGCCGCCUACAUUCCCGAACUGACCACUGUCCAGCAUAGCGAUCAGGGAAUAACGUUCGGCGCAUCCACCACUUUGUCGCGCCUAGAAGAGGAGCUGCUAGCGGCCACGAAGAUAUUACCAGCUCAUAAAACUAGAGUGUUUGCUGCCGUUCUGGAGAUGCUGCAUCAAUUCGCGGGAUGCCAAAUUAGGAAUGUAGGGUGUGUCGGUGGUAAUAUUAUGACAGCAAGUCCUAUCUCAGACCUUAACCCGGUGUGGCAGGCGGCUGGAUGCUCCCUGGAGGUCACGUCAUUGCAAGGUGGGAAACGGCGAAUUCAAAUUGAUGAGAAAUUCUCCUGGUACAGAAGGACGGUUCUUGAGAAACACGAGAUACUUUUGUCCCUUCUCGUACCAUAUACAGCGCAGAAUGAGUAUUUCCACGCAUUCAAACAAGCGAAGAGAAGGGACGACGAUAUUGCAAUCGUCAAUGCCGCAAUGCGCGUGGAAUUUCAACAAGCAACUAACAUCGUCAGCCAUCUUAGUUUAAGUUUCGGAGGAAUGGCCCCUACCACUGUGAUGGCACAGAAAACAAUGAAAUCCCUUGAUGGCAGGGCAUGGAACGCAGGCUUAGUAGAUGACGGGAUAAAAUUGCUAGCAGAAGAUUUGCCGAUGGAGGCGGGAGCUCCGGGUGGGAUGGUCGAAUACAGACGGUCCCUGGCCCUCGGCUUCUUUUUCAAGUUUUUCAUCAUGGUGGACCAAGCGUUGCAAAAACACGCGCCUGGCAUAUCUCGGGGCCACAUCCCCAGUGGCCGCGAAAACAUUAACGCUACCCUUCAAAGAGGUCAAUUCAAAAGCACACAGUUUUACGAGGUGCGUACGAGCGACCAACCGGAACGCGAUCCGGUCGGGCGUCCCAUGGUGCAUCAGUCUGCAUUGAGGCAGGCUACUGGGGAGCUGCGUUACAUUGAUGAUAUCCCAAAAUACGCAGAUGAACUUUACUUGGGACUUGUCCUCAGCAGUAAAGCGCACGCGACAAUUGUGUCAGUAGACAAGAGCCAAGCGAUGAAGGUGCCUGGAGGUGGUAGCAUUUGUCGAUUACAGAGACGUUCCAGGUAUUUACAAAAGGCGCGCGUCGGUUCCCUUAACGAUGACGUCACUUCCUCAGCGAGCUACGAGCUACCACCGGACGCGAUCCGCGUCGGGCGUCCCAUGGUGCAUCAGUCUGCAUUGAGGUUGUGUGCCAGCGGUCAGGUCAUAGCCGGCAUUGUUGUUGCUUUGACACUCAAAGGCUACUGCGCAGCGCCCCCAGCGGCGAAGCUGGUAAAGAUUGAAUACAAAGACCUUCCUGCAAUCAUCACGAUAAAGGAAGCCGUCGAUUCGAAGUCUUUCAGUGGGAGUCCACUUCGAAUCAUGACUGGUAGUUUGGAGAAGGGGCUCGCCGCUGCAGACCACGUCGUCGAGGGCGAGUGGAAGAUGGGGGGACAGGAACACUUCUAUCUAGAGACGCAGGCCUGCAUCUCCAUCCCCAGCGGUGACGGCACGGAGAUGACGAUUAUCAGUUCAUCGCAGUCCCUGUCUAAAUGCAGGAGGGCUGCUUCGGCGGGAAGCAUGACGAGAUUUUCCAUAGUAAAACCAACGUCUGGUGCUGUCGCUGCUUCAGAAACAACUGGCAUACGAAAAAUUCCUAACAUGAAAGUAGAUAAGGACAUGUCUGCAAGUACCAACCUGCGUCUCAACACGGGCUAUCGCGGGUUCGGAGGACCGGCAAGGCGUCAUAUCGCGGAGGGUUUUGUACAUUACACAUUCGCCGACACGCUGGGGAAUCACGCGGAGGAGGUGAGAGCGAAGAAUUUCUACAGAGAAGGAGAUUUGACUCAUUACAAGGAGCCCAUUGAGAACAUCACGUUGAGUAGAUGCUGGCAGGAAUGUGAGACACAGGCUGAUUUUGUACGCAGACGUGCCGACAUCAUGACCUUUAACGGACAGAAUCGAUGGCAGAAGCGCGGGAUAAGCAUGACAGGGUUGAAAUUUGGGAUUGCAUUUGGCGCCAAAUUUAUGAAUCAGGCUGGCGCGCUCGUGCUGAUAUAUACGGACGGGUCUGUGCUCAUCUCCCACGCAGGCACCGAAAUGGGGCAAGGCCUCCACACGAAGAUGAUACAGGUAGCAAGCAGAUGCCUGGAUAUUCCUGUAGAUCGCAUACACAUUAGCGAGACAGCGACCGACAAAGUGCCGAAUACUAUUGAUACUGCCGCAAGCUUCAGCUCCGACCUCAACGGAAUGGCCAUCAUCGAAGCAUGCCAAGUGCUACUGCAAAGACUAAAGCCAUAUAAGGAAGCAAAUCCAAACGGAAAUUGGAACGAUUGGGUAUCCAGCGCGUUCAUUGACCGCGUAAGCCUGGCAGCAACGGGAUUCUACGCACCUAACGUGACAGCGUUUGACUGGGACAAGGGGGAGGGACAGCCGUUUCUGUACUACAGCUACGGGGCAGCCUGCACCGAAGUAGAGAUAGACUGCCUGACUGGUGACCAUCAGGUUUUGCGAACGGACAUUGUGAUGGAUGUCGGCGAUAGCUUGAACCCUGCCAUAGACAUCGGACAAAUCGAAGGAGGAUUCAUGCAGGGUUACGGUCUUGUUACAUUGGAAGAGCUGCGAUACUCGCCCAACGGUGCGAUGUAUACUCGUGGUCCAGGCAUGUACAAGAUCCCCGGUUUUACCGACAUCCCAGCGGAGUUCAAUGUCUCUCUACUGAGGAAUGCAGCCAACCCCAAAGCAGUGUACUCCUCCAAGGCGAUCGGUGAACCUCCGCUGAUGCUGGCGCCAUCUGUCUUCUUCGCAAUUAAGAACGCGAUCGCAGCAGCGAGAGUGGACGCGGGUGUUGCGGGAACAUUCCGCCUAGACUGCCCCGCGACGUCGGAACGCAUUCGCAUGAGCUGUGUAGACAGGUUCACUCAAAUGGUGGAGCACAAGAAUUUCUACAGUGAGAAGGGAGAUUUGACUUAUGUACAGGAGCAUUGA